AGGGCUCAGUUGCCUGGAGCCCGUUCAGCCCAUCCCCCAGUUCACUUUGCUUGUGGGAUCUCCCCGUUGCUCCUGCCCGUGGACUGAGUGGCAGGCCAUCCUACAAGCACCCGGACACUUGACAUCAGUGGUGUCAAGACAACUCUAAGAAGGUUUUCCGUGAUCCCGCAAGCCCUGCGGUCCUUCCUGGGAUCCUGCCUUCAAUUUGAUUGCACAGGUACCACAGCAAGCCAGUGCUGUGUGCUCCGAGUUCCAGGGCGUCCUCCAGCUCAGCCACUGCACUGAGAACAUGGACUCUCUGUGGGGCCCAGGAGCCGGGAGUCACCCCUUUGGGGUCCACAACACCCGGCUGUCCCCAGACUUGUGUCCAGGGAAGAUAGUGUUGAGGGCCCUCAAGGAGAGCGGGGCAGGGAUGCCUGAGCAGGACAAGGACCCUAGAGUCCAAGAGAAUCCUGGUGAUCAGAGAAGGGUCCCCGAGGUCACCGGGGAUGCAUGGUCUGCAUUUCGGCCCCUGCGGGACAAUGGAGGCCUCUCUCCCUUUGUGCCCAGGCCCGGGCCUCUGCAGACAGACCUCCAUGCCCAGAGGUCAGAAAUCAGACCUAACCAGACAUCCCAGACCUCCUGGACGAGCUCCUGCACCAACCGAAAUGCCAUCUCCAGCUCCUACAGCUCCACGGGAGGCUUGCCGGGGCUAAAGCGGAGGAGGGGGCCAGCCUCAUCCCACUGCCAGCUGACUCUCAGUUCCUCAAAGACAGUGAGUGAGGACAGGCCUCAGGCUGUCUCUUCAGGUCACACCCAGUGUGAAAAGGGAGCAGAUAUAGCACCAGGGCAGACACUCACCCUCAGGAAUGACUCCUCCACAUCCGAGGCCUCUAGGCCCAGUACACACAAGUUUCCCCUGCUGCCACGCAGGCGAGGGGAGCCUUUGAUGCUGCCACCUCCCUUAGAGCUGGGGUACCGGGUCCCUGUUGAAGACCUUGACCGGGAGAAGGAGGCGGCAUUCCAGCGCAUCAACAGUGCGCUGCAGGUUGAGGACCAGGCCAUCUCGGACUGCACACCCUCACAGCCUUCCCACACUUUGUCCUCACUUGCAACAGGGGCUUCUGGUCCGCCUGCGGUUUCUAAAGCACCCAGUAUGGAUGCACAGCAGGAGACACACAAGUCCCAAGACUGCCUGGGCCUACUGGCCCCCUUAGCAUCUGCUGCAGGGGUCCCCUCUACAGCUCCCAUGUCUGGGAAGAAGCACAGACCACCAGGCCCCCUGUUCUCCUCCUCAGAUCCCCUUCCUGCCACCUCUUCCCAUUCCCAGGACUCAGCCCAGGUCACCUCGCUGAUUCCUGCCCCCUUCCCAGCUGCAAGCAUGGAUGCGGGCAUGAGAAGAACAAGGCGUGGCACUUCUGCUCCUGCAGCUGCCGCAGCAGCCCCUCCCCCCUCCACAUUGAACCCCACGUUGGGGUCACUACUGGAGUGGAUGGAGGCCCUUCACAUUUCUGGGCCUCAGCCACAGCUGCAGCAGGUGCCCAGAGGUCAGAACCAGAGAUCCCAGACCUCCCGGACCAGCUCGUGCCCCAAACGAAAGGCCAUCUCGAGCCCCUACAGCUCUACGGGAGGCCUCCCGGAACUAAAGCGGAGGAGGGGGCCAGCCUCAUCCCACUGCCAGCUGACCCUCAGUUCCUCAAACACAAGGACCGAAGCAGAGGGUGCUGUUUCAACGCCACCACCAGGAGAGAGGCAGAGGGGCUGUGCCGUGCUAGAGUCCUCAGGGAGGGAGUGACCUCGACCCUGGCUGUGCUGCAAGCUGACUCCAGCCUUGGGGUCAGCAGCACCCGGUGAACAGCAGCAGGAGGAGCCGCUAGAGCAGCUGCUCGUGGGCAGAGCUGCCCUUGGACAACUCCUGCCACCACCCCCUCCCCAGAGGAGCCCAAGGCAGGGGAGGCUCAGCAUGGAAUGAAACAGGGGAGUGAGGGACACAAGGAGGUGGGAAGUGGGAGGGUCCCAGCCCCACCAAGUACGCAGAGACCCCCUCGUCGUCCUGGACAUCACAGGGACACCUGCAGGCUGAGAGACCAGGUCGUCUGUGCAUGGGCCCGGGAGGCAGACCUGCCCCAAGGGUGAUGCAGAGGCCACAGGUGCUGCACGCACCAGCACCCACUAUAGACAUCAGCCUCCAGGUUGACUAAGGGUCAGGUCAUGUUUGAAACCAUGCUUGGCUGGACCAGGACCCAUGGCAAGAGCACCUGGGCACCAGUGUUUAGCCCUGGUCUGCAGGAAGGAGGACAGCAGACUUUAGGACCCCACAGCACGGCAGUGCUGACCAUUUCACCCACUUGGCCUCCUUGAGGAAUAGGGAUGGGGAGCCCUCUGGGGAUGGGCAAGGCCUUCCAGGACAGGCUCGGUUCUGGUCCCCUGCUUUUUGAGGUUGGGUUAAAAUGCCGACCAUGGCAGAGGGGUCACAGCUCAGGUUCCCACACCUCGCUUUUCACAGCCUCCGAGGGCAGCAGUGCACGUGGAGGAGACGUCUCCCACGAGGCCAAGGCCUCCAGUGCUCACCGAUGCCCUCUGCGAAGCUGGGGUAGAACUCGUCAGUGAAGAGGGGCUCGGGCAGCUCACAGAAGUACAGCUUCAGCGUGCCUGCGAUGGCGUUCACGUCCAUCUCGCUCAUCAUCACCGACACGUCCUUGUUAUCUGGAAAGAGCAGGGAAAUGCAGCGGCCUCCUUGAAGAUCCUGAUAAAUGAAGAAAAGACACAGAGAAGGAUGUGACAUGCCUGGGCCAUGGAGCACUCUGAGAUCUCAUCGCGGACACCACUGCCCACACCUCCAUCCCGUCCUGCGCAGGCCGACACUCACUGACGUCGAAGGCUGCCUUCAGUGCCUGGAUGUCCGUGGCCACACCAGACACGCGGUAGAUGCCCACCUCCUCCAUGCCUCGGCGCUCGAUCUCCUCCACGCACUGGCGCACGAUGUAGGGCACCUUGGACCUCUCUCUCCUGUGGGAGGAGGGAAUGUUCUCAGUGUCCUGAGAGCCCUGCUUGGGCCAUAACACAGGAGACCUGCUCCCUAUCUGCACACCCGGAGGUGGGGUGAGGACGGUGACGAAGGUACCCAGGUCUGGGGCUGCACACAGAGCCUUCUGCAUGCCUGUCCUCCCUCUGCAAGCUCUGUCCUCAUUGCAUGUACUUUCUCAGGAACCUUUCAAGCGGCCAGAACCCCUGCGAAUCACACAUGAUCUUUGCGGGAAGGUCAGGAGGCCUGUCUAAGUCAAGUCAGCACGGGAAGGGCAUCUGACAGAUUCCAGGCCUGGGGUUAGCAGCCUGUGCCCCCAGCUGGGAGGUCAGACCCGGUGUUGGUCCUGCCACCCACGUGCUCUGUGAGAGGAGAAUCCCUGACCCCUGCCCUGGGCCUUAACACACAUCUGACGAAUGAAUGAAGGGUUGCCUCAGCACCGGUGCUCCAAGUCCUGCGAUGCGAAGUGCUUUUCUCCUCUGAGUCUUAGCAAUGGACAAUUCCAAUACCUCCACACAGGACACUAGAGUAAGAAUCCUUCACAGUUAGAACGCAGUGCUGUGCGGAGGCCUUAACUUGAGUUCUGUUUUGCACCUGGAUUUACCAGCACAUCAAAGCUGCUUCGCAAGCCCCCUCAUUAGCAGGGCUUAUCUGGGGGAGCUGCUGAUGGAGUCCUCGCUGCUCAUGCCCACAGCCCUCCCAGAGUGCUAUGCGAGUGGCUGCCAUGCAGUUGGGGGUGGGGCGUGGUGUUUAGACACAGAUAGGAGUCCAGGAUAUGACUGAUGGAGGCCCUGGCCCACGUGACCAGCAAGGUCAGAGGCCCAGCCAGAUUCCAUCCUAGGGAAGCAAAUGAAUUCUCAGAGGAAGUGGUCUGUGUCUGCAUGAACUGCUCUCAAACCAACAAACAGGCUUCUCUUGGCAACUGACUCAUGACAAAGGGGCAGGGGUUAUGGCCAUUCAACAGGAAUCUGGGACCGUGACUAAUUCCAAGCAAGGGCAGAAAACCCUGCACUUGGGCAGUUCCUGGAGCCAGCCUACUGCUUCCAAGCAAGGUGGCAAGGACAUUCCUGAGCUGGUUUGCAGGAAACACAGGAGGUAGCUGAACACGCAGUGUUCCCUGGGGCCUGACCUCACUAUGCAGUGGCCACGCACAGAGAGGAGAGACCGACACAUGCUCUUUUCUGCAGAAACAGCUGAAGGGACAGGCACCCUCAGUGCGUGAGCCCAAGCCCCUCCCCACUCACUUGGUGACCACAGCAAUCUUGACUCCGAAGAUCCUUGUCUGUUUUUGGGACGGCAUCCUCUUCAAGCUGAACUCCCUGCUGUUGAACUUGACCGAGAGCUUUACUUCGAUCUACAGUGGGGAGAAGGGGCACAGUCCUCUAAUCCUUCUGGUCCUCAUAGGCCAAGGUCCCAAGGACCCCUGGGAGUCUCAUCAAAUAUUUCCACCCCCAAGGCAUGCAGAGGUCUCAGCAUGAGGUGGAGUCGCCCCUCGGGGAAGCCCCUACUCUACUUCAGCAAGAGCCAGGAUUGUUGAAGAUGAUGUAAACGACUGGUUUCUGCAGAACCAUCUCCUAAAAUCCCCACUGCUUCUCUUGCUUGCUUACUUUUUUUUAAGAUAUGGGAUCUUGCAAUGUUGCCCAGGCUGUAAUCAAACUCUUGGGCUCCAGUGAUUCUCCUGGCUCAGCCUCCAGAGUAGCUGAGAUUAUAGUGUACUGUGACCAGCUUUCUCUUAGUACCAAUUAAAAAUUAAGUAGGAAAGACAGAAUAAUGUAAGAAAAAGCCAAGAAUCUCAAAUAUUAACAUUUUACCAUUUAUA